AUGACUACGGAGACGAGUGACGAGGCCUCGUGCCUCGGCCGUCUUCGUCAAGAAGUACGAAACAUAAUUUUCUCAUUCUCUCGUUUAACCUCCCCGUAUCAUUCAACGCGUUUCCGUGUAGGCUUUUAAUUGUUUAGAAACGUUUCCGAACAAGAUCAUCGAGUUGAACGAGUUCGUCAACGAGUACAUGCCGGAAUCUGUUAAGAACAGUAAAUUCAACGAUCCUCCGCCAGUCGAUCGGAAAGUCAAGUGUCAAUCGACACUUUCCAGCGUGAAAAACUACGAUCUAAACAGCAUUUCGGACUUUGGCGGCGAGAAUUAAAGAACGCACAGUGCGGACCUUCGCCAAAUUGGAGCAGUUCCCUUUCGACGUACGUGACCACGGUGAAGAAGGACACGACGAUUAUUGGCAAGCUGAUCGACAUCAUGAGACCCGCGGUAGUGAAACUCAUUACCGACACCACCACCUUGAAACGAUGGCUGCAGGCAGUCGCUUUAACCAGCGAAUCGCCUCCGAUCGAACUAACGAACGCGACUCGCAACACUGAAACCAUCGACUGCUGGGCUUACGAGCUGUUCUUUCAUCUCAAGUACCUUCAAGUGAAUCGCGCACGACGGACCACCGACAAAGUAACAGCGGAGACGGAGCCAAAAUCCAACGACGUGAUCCAUGCCAACUUGUGGCAUCGGCUGGUGCAACUCCGCGACAAUUACAUUAUCCUGUACGAGACACUGAAGAACUACGAUAAAAUUCGCGAUCUGGAGUCGGAGAAACAGCAGGCAUAAGCACGCGAAUGGUCAGUCACGUGACAAAGAGGCGAAGUUUGAUCCUUUCGACCCUUCGAG